AUGAACUACUCAGAGCAGACUUCAUUCCUCUUCAGCUGUAACGUCAGUCCAAGUGAGACACCAAAGCUGGAUAUCAGUGUCACCAAAAGCGAACCGCUGUUGAUCGCUGUUCCUAUGACAAUCUUCUACAGCAUCAUCUUCUUGCUUGGAGUGUUGUUCAACGGAGUCAGCAUACUGACUCUUCUUUUUGAUGCUCAUAUGAGAGUCAGUGCCAUUCGUCUGUACUUACUCAGCCUGGUUAUUUCAGACAUUCUCCAGUUGUUGACCAUUCCAGUAACUUUAUAUCGGUAUUACUGGGAGAGUUAUCCAUGGCGCCUUGGCCAGGCCGUCUGCAAAGUCUACUUCAUGGUCCGCCAAGUGUAUUGUGCCACUACAAGCUGGGUCAUUGUGACUUUCACAACUGAGCGUUAUGCAGCAAUUUGCCAUACAAUGUGGUCCGUCUCCAGUCUGAAGAAGUCUCGGCUGCCGUGCCUUCUGACUGUAUGGGUAGUUUCUCUGGUCUCAGCUGUGCCUUUUGCUCUGGUCUAUGACCAAGCACGCGCCUGUAUCCUGGACUACACAGCAACUACACCAGAAGACGCCUUCAAAGUGUCCACCAUGUGUGAGAUGACGGAGCCCGAUCCUGCACACAUCUACAAAGGAGCAUUACUUCUGAGAGCUGGAUUAUUCUUUGUGGUCCCAAUGGUCUCUAUCUUUACCCUAUACGUGCUCAUUCUGCUCUACCUGAAGAGGAAUGGUCGUCAAAGGAGAAACAUGGGUCUAAUGAGACCCAAUCUGGAGGGAAGACGAGAUAUCCAGUGCCAUCGGAACGGAAAGCUACUUUUAAAUGAAAAGAGAGCGCUUAAACUCAUGGGUGCUGUGGUGGUGGCUUUUUUUGUGUUAAACUUCCCAGACAUUGCCUCUUCACUGAUGCAGGUCUACGUGGUGGUAUGGUCUGACACAGUCCUUUCUGUCUACACCGUUCUGAAAUCCUAUUUGUCGCUUCCUCUCUGGUAUAUCAAUGGUGCCCUGGAUCCGCUGCUUUUCUGCAUUUCUUCCCACACAUUUCGAAGGGCAUGCUGGAGAACUUUGGGUAGGUUCAGACUUCACUGCUCUUUUAUGUACCGUGGCAUGUCCUGGCUGAGAAGUCGAAGUUCUAGUGAAGACCGGAGCUCAACAGUCAGAGAGAAGAUCAGUGGGGAAAGGAUGGACAAAAAUAGAUUCACAGAAAACGAACCCUAUCAGGGGCAUGCAGAAAAC